AUGACAUCUUUAGAUUUUCAUAAACUAUGCCCUUUGGCUUAUUGCCUUGUCUUAUUCAUACAACUUUGUUCAUCGCCAAGUUACUCUACUUUUUCUUCUGCUACUUCUACUACUGAAGUAGAAGCGCUUCUCAAAUGGAAAGCCACCUUUCAAAACCAUACCCACCUGCAAAAUCUCACCUCGUGGGCUUACCUACCCGCUCAUACAAAAGUAGCCCCAUGCUUCUGGAUUGGUAUUUCAUGCAAUGUUGUUGGAAGUGUUAGUGUGAUAAACCUUACUAAUUUCAGGAUACAAGCUCAGAUCAGUUCCCUCUCUAAACUCAUCUAUCUUGAUCUUUCUAACAAUUUGCUCAAUGGUUCAAUUCCAACAUCCCUCGGUGAUCUCACAAACAUUACCUUUCUCUAUCUCCACCAUAAUAAUCUUUCUAGCACAAUUCCAAAAGUGAUAGGGAAGUUGAAAUCUCUUGCGACCCUAGAAUUGUCUUAUAACCAGCUCAACGGUUCAAUCCCAACAUCUCUAGAUUUGUCUGAGAAUCAGCUCACCGGUUCAAUCCCAACUUCCUUAGGUCAACUCACAAAACUUGCCUAUGUCCAUCUCUUCACUAAUAAUCUUUCUGGCACUAUUCCUAAAGAGAUAGGGAAAUUGAAAUCUCUUGUGGACCUAGAUUUGUCUAAGAAUCAGCUCAAUGGUUCAAUCCCAAUAUCCAUUGGUGUUCUCACAAAACUUACCUCUAUCAAUCUCUUCACUAAUAAUCUUUCUGGCACUAUUCCGAAAGAGAUUGGGAAAUUGAAAUCUCUUGUGGGGCUCAGUUUGUUCAAGAAUCAGCUCAGCGGUUCAAUCCCAACAUCCUUAGGUUAA